AUGGCCUACGUUCACGACAAACGCUCGACCCCUGCGAGCGCCCUCGCUGCCCUCCGCUCCGCUGCCAUUCACCCCCAGCUCUUCACCACCGCUUCGCUGCGCUACUGCCACCCUUACGCCGUUGUCUUUGUACCUCUUCGAGUACUCAGACUACGGCAACACUUCCCGAAUUGCCCGACCAGACAAGCCUCCUGUCUGCGCACCUGUUUCGACACAACGCUCCUUUCGAUACUGUACCCCUAUCACAGGCUUCAGCUUCCAUGCGGCGGACAUGCCUACUGCACAGAAUGCUGGCACACCGCGGUGGAACUUGCGGUGACCAAGGAGUCGAACUAUCCUAUCCGUUGUGGCUCCACGGCAUGCGAUGAUCUACCCGACCAAUUCGUCAUCGACAAUCUAGCAGCCCAGGCCCCAGCUGUCCAAACUCUCCUCAAUGCUUACCGGGAAAAGAUCCAGGAAUACAAGAUCACUCCCCAGGACCGAACUUACUGUGCAAACAGAGAGUGCAUUCUGGUUGAAGGUCACUCUCAGUACAUCGACUCCAAAAUCUUCGGAUUUCAAGGACAAGUGAUCUGCCCGUCCUGUGGCGGUAUGACCUGCUGCAGCUCCAAAGCCCUCAUUACCAACGAGGCAUUCCAUGUCUGCGGAGACACAAAGCAUGAUGAGGCGAUGAGAGAGUAUGUCGAGUCACUGCCAGAGGACGAGCGUUGGCUCUGGAAGAAGUGUCCAUCCUGCGGCAUCUGGGUCAACAAGGUCACCGCGUGCAACCACAUGGAAUGCAGCUACUGCAAUGGCGAGUUCUGCUUGGUCUGCGGCCGUACUUGGGAGGGACCAACCACUUGCCGAUUCGGUUGCCCGAAGUUCGAAGCUCCUGUCUACGAUUGGGAAGGGUUCAAUCAACUGGGCUUCAACCCUGAGACAGGGCUCGACCACUACGACGACAAUGAUGGUGACUGGGAGGAGGAGGAAGAGCACGUUUUUGGCGAGGACGGAUGUGACCAGUGGGGCUGGGAUGUCUCAGGCUACGAUCGAGAGGGAUUCGACGCAGAUGGGUUCAACAGAGAACGCAUCAACCGCCAAGGCUUCGACUUGUGGGGCUUCAAUGCGGCUGGAUACGAUCAGAACGGCAUCGAUCGGUAUGGUAGAGACGUCAACGGAUUCGACAAAGACGGAUUUGACGUUGAUGGGUUCGACGUCAACAAGAUUAGUCUACGCAAUUUGCACCGAGGCUACUACGACGAAGAAGGCUAUGACCCUUUCGGCAUGGACGUUUUCGGAUUCUCUCGGGCUGGCUUCGACGUCGACGGAUAUGACAAGUACGGCUUCUCCUACGAAGGGUUCGACAGUGAAGGUUACGACGGGCGCGGAUACAACGUGCAUGGCUACGACAUCGAGGGAUACGACAGAGACGGCAGAAAGGCUCAGGGCUACAACAGAGACGGCUUUACUGCUCGUCAUCGCGAUGCUGACGGAAACAUCGAGCCGGGCUACUACAAGGCCGCCGAUGGCCGUCUCUAUCCCAUCAUUCGCGAGGGGCCAAGCGCAAAGGUGAUGGAAUGCGAUCACCACACGCGCCAUGUGUGGACGGAAGCGACUUGCCUUGUGUGCCAGUGGACGUCCGACUUGUUCUCACGUCACUGUGGCGACUGCGGCACGUACUUGUGCAAGCAGUGUGACCGCGCCGGUGUCGACAUUCAGCGCAAUGUCAUUCGCGAGCGCUUCCUCUGGCCUGGCUCCGACAGCUACGGCAUCGCCGAGAUGUUCGGCGAAGAGGAACUUGAGCAGACGGUCGAGGAGACGGAAGCUGCUUGA